AUGAGCGUACAGAACUUGAACACUUUCGAUCCGUUCGCCGACGAGGCGGAUCCUCUCGCGAACAACCAGGACGUCGGCGCGCAGACGAACUACAUCCAUAUCCGUAUCCAGCAACGGAACGGUCGUAAGACGCUCACGACGCUCCAGGGCUUGCCGCGGGAGUACGAUGCCAAGAAACUCCUCAAGGCCUUCAAGAAGGAGUUCGCAUGCAACGGCACGCUUGUCGACGACGAGGAGAUGGGUCAGGUCAUCCAGCUUCAGGGCGACCAGCGCACGAAGAUCUCCACUUUCCUUACCGAUGAAGGCAUCCCGCGCAACACUAUCAAGCUGCACGGUUUCUGA